AUGACGGACACAACAGAUGAUAUCGCAGAGGAGAUUUCGUUCCAAAGCUUCGAAGAUGAUUGCAAGUUGCUCGGCAGUCUCUUCCAUGAUGUGUUACAGAGAGAAGUCGGAAGCUCAUUCAUGGAGAAAAUCGAACGCAUUCGAAUCCUCGCUCAAAGUGCGUUACAUUUGCGUUUGGCUGGUAUCGAGGACACCGCAAACCUUUUGGAGAAGCAACUGACUAGUGAAAUAUCUAAAAUGCCACUGGAGGAAGCAUUGACACUUGCACGUGCAUUCACUCAUUCUCUUAACUUAAUGGGCAUUGCAGACACUCAUCACAGAAUGCAUAAAGUCAUAAACGUUACACAGCUUUCAAGAUCCUGUGAUGAUAUAUUCAGUCAGCUAUUGCAAAGUGGAAUUUCGCCAGACGAGCUUUACCAAACAGUUUGCAAGCAGGAGGUCGAAAUUGUUCUUACUGCUCAUCCUACCCAAAUUAAUCGGCGAACCUUACAAUACAAGCAUGUCAGAAUUGCUCAUCUUCUUGAAUACAACAGUAGAUCAGAUCUAGGCCAUGAAGAUCGAGAAACACUCAUUGAAGAUUUGGUUAGGGAGAUAACUUCACUAUGGCAGACUGAUGAGCUUAGACGUCAAAAACCUACUCCAGUCGAUGAAGCUAGAGCUGGUCUUAACAUUGUUGAGCAAUCUCUUUGGAAAGCUGUACCACAUUACUUGCGUCGUGUCAGCAAUUCCUUGAAGAAGUUCACAGGGAAGCCACUUCCGUUAACAUGCACUCCUAUAAAGUUUGGUUCCUGGAUGGGAGGUGAUAGAGAUGGAAACCCAAAUGUCACAGCAAAGGUCACGAAAGAAGUAUCUCUAUUGUCUAGGUGGAUGGCUAUUGAUAUGUACAUAAGAGAAGUUGAUAGCUUAAGAUUCGAGUUGUCUACAGAUCGAUGCAGUGACAGAUUUUCAAGAUUAGCAGAUGAAAUUCUUGAAAAAGAUUCUGACAGAGGCCAAUCAAAUUUCUUGAACCAACAAAACUCAUCCCUGCCAACACAGCUUCCAGCUAGAGCUCACCUUCCUUCUUGCAUUGAAUAUGGUGAUUCACAACAUCCUAAAUUUGAGAUAAGUACAACGACAGGUUUUAUGCCACCCAAUCUUCAGAAGCAGAAUGGACAAGGCUCUCCGAAGAUGGAUUCGAAGCAAACCACUGAUGAAACUCAGCCAGGUCUUACUUCACGAGGUUCUUUCUCAUCUACCUCUCAACUUCUCUUCCAAAGGAAACUAUUUGCAGAGUCUCAAGUUGGGAGGGCCAGUUUUCAAAAGCUACUAGAACCACCUCCACUUAAACGAGCCGGAAUGGCUCCUUACCGUAUUGUUCUUGGAGAAGUAAAGGACAAGCUUGUGAAGACAAGAAAACUUCUUGAACUUCUACUUGAGGGUCUUCCUUGUGAAUAUGACCCAAUGGUAUCUUAUGAAACAUCAGAACAACUUCUGGAACCACUGCUCCUCUGCUACGAAUCUCUGCAAUCAUCUGGUGCUGGUGUACUAGCUGAUGGGAGACUUGCUGAUCUGAUCCGUAGAGUUUCUACCUUUGGCAUGGUUUUAGUGAAACUUGACUUACGCCAGGAAUCUGGAAGGCAUUCUGAAGCUUUGAAUGCAAUUACAACAUACUUGGAUCUUGGUACUUAUAGUGAAUGGGAUGAAGAGAAGAAACUAGAUUUUUUGACAAAAGAACUUAAGGGGAAACGACCACUUGUUCCUCCGACUAUUGAGGUUGUUCCUGAAGUUAAAGAAGUAUUGGACACAUUCCGAGUUGCUGCUGAGUUUGGAAGUGAAUCACUUGGUGCUUAUGUGAUUUCAAUGGCUUCAAAUGCAAGUGAUGUCCUCGCUGUGGAGCUUCUGCAAAAAGAUACUCGACUUGCUGUCACUAGCGAACAUGGAAAGCCAUGCCCUGGUGGAACGCUGCGAGUGGUUCCACUUUUUGAGACGGUGAAGGAUUUAAGAGCUGCUGGUUCUGUGAUAAGGAAAUUGCUUUCAAUCGAUUGGUACAGAGAACACAUCCAAAAGAACCACCAUGGUCACCAAGAGGUCAUGGUUGGAUAUUCUGAUUCAGGAAAAGAUGCUGGACGGUUUACUGCAGCAUGGGAACUCUACAAAGCUCAAGAAGAUGUUGUGGCUGCUUGUAAUGAAUUUGGCAUCAAAGUCACUUUGUUCCAUGGACGAGGAGGAAGUAUUGGUCGUGGUGGUGGCCCGACCUAUCUCGCCAUUCAGUCCCAACCACCAGGCUCUGUAAUGGGCACUUUGCGUUCCACUGAGCAAGGCGAGAUGGUUCAAGCCAAGUUUGGGAUACCACAAACAGCUGUUAGACAACUAGAGAUAUACACAACCGCAGUUCUGCUCGCUACCUUAAAGCCUCCACAACCGCCACGAGAGGAAAAAUGGAGGAACCUAAUGGAAGAAAUCUCAAAGAUCAGUUGCCAAAACUACAGAAGCACGGUCUACGAGAAUCCAGAGUUUAUCUCCUAUUUCCACGAGGCAACACCGCAGGCUGAGCUCGGUUAUCUCAACAUAGGAAGCCGACCAGCUCGAAGAAACAGCUCUACUGGCAUAGGGCAUCUUCGAGCUAUCCCUUGGGUCUUUGCUUGGACACAAACAAGAUUUGUUCUUCCAGCUUGGCUCGGUGUAGGAGCUGGUCUAAAGGGAGUCUCUGAGAAGGGUUAUGCGGACGAUAUUCAGGAGAUGUACAAAGAGUGGCCGUUUUUUCAGUCCACCAUUGAUCUUAUAGAGAUGGUGUUAGCUAAAGCAGACAUUCCUAUUACCAAACACUACGACGAACAACUUGUCUCUGAGAACAGAAGAGGACUUGGUGACAUGUUGAGGAAAGAAUUGAUGACUACUGAGAAGUAUGUGCUUGAGAUAACCGGCCGUGAGAAACUCUUGGAGAGCAACAAGAGCUUAAAGAAACUCAUAGAGAGUAGACUUCCGUAUCUUAACGCAAUGAACAUGUUACAAGUUGAAGUACUUAAGAGGCUAAGAUGCGAUGAAGAUAACAAUAAGCUUAGAGAUGCUUUGCUAAUCACAAUCAAUGGUAUCGCUGCAGGAAUGAGAAACACUGGUUAA